AUGGAUUCGGUAUCCAGGCAGCCAGGCAACAUCCACCCCGCUCCCGCUCCCCCCACCUCCCUGAACCAAAUCCGAAUAAACAUCGCGGACAGCGUCGAUCGGAGGUUUUUGCUUUGUGUGUGUGUGUUCACUCAGGCCCCCCAGUGGCUGAGCUGCAGUACUGCAGUGUUUCUGCUCUUGGUUCACAUCACCCCAGUCGUCACACAGUCCUGCGGGGGAACCCACGGGAUCCCUGGGAUACCAGGCACCCAUGGGCCCAACGGCCAGGACGGUCCGGCAGGACAGAAGGGAGACCCCGGUGAGGCAGAGCAGCCCGUCAGGGGCCAGAAGGGGCUCCUCGGUCUGGAGGGCCCCCCAGGACGGCCUGGUCUAAAGGGGGACGUGGGUCUUACGGGGCCUCCCGGUGAUCCAGGCCUCAGGGGGGAAAAGGGGAGACCCUUCAACCCUUCCAACCAAGAGAAACCCUUCUUCUCCUACAAACGGGUGAUGUCACACAUACCAGAGGUCGACACGGUCAUCAACUUCAACCGACAGAUUUUGCCGGAGCUGGAGGAACGGUUUCAGGGAGAGUCGCUGACAAACGGGACGUUCACCUGCGUCGUCGGAGGAAUCUACUUCUUCAGUUAUCACAUUUCAGCAAAGAGCCGAGUGUGUCUGGAGCUGAUGAAGGGCAGCGACAGUCAAAUGACGCUGUGCGACACAUCCGAGGGUUACCUGGUCACCUCGGGCUCGGCGGUCCUGCAGCUG